AUGUAAGAAAUUUUUUUAGGUCGGAUGCCAGGACAGUUAAAUGUGCUUUUGGCAGAAGCUGGUGUUCCUUACGAUAUUGUUUUAGAAAUGGAUGAAAUCAAUCAUGAUUUUGAUGAAACAGAUUUAGUUUUAGUAAUUGGUGCUAAUGACACGGUGAAUUCUUCUGCAGAGGAAGAUCCAAAUUCAAUUAUUGCUGGAAUGCCUGUAUUGAGAGUUUGGCUUGCUAAACAGGUUGUUGUGAUGAAGAGAAGUUUAGGGGUUGGCUAUGCUGCUAAACAGUGA